AUGCAGCAUGUAUCAGGAUUUGGCUAUCCCACCCCUCCCGCGUCGCCGGUGUACGACAACACAAAGUGUUCGAUCCAACAACCCAUCACGACAGCACCUCACUGCCAGGCACGAUAUGUCCCGCUAACACCAGAGGCGAGACUCGGAAGGUUUCUUGAGGGCAAGUUGCAGUUGCAAACCAUUCUUGGUACUGGCGCAUAUGGCGUCGUGUAUUCCGCAGUGGAUGUCAAGACCGGAGUCCGUUACGCCGUCAAGUGCCUCAGCAAAUUCAACCCAGAUGGAACCCCAUUGGAUCGUCGACAGGUUGCCUUCCAGAACCGAGAGAUUCGUCUGCACUACCUGGCGUCGGCCCACCCUAACGUGGUAUCGAUGCUCAAGAUUGUUGAUGACCCGGAUUGCAUCUAUGUUAUCUUGGAAUAUUGCCCGGAAGGUGACUUGUUCUUCAACAUCACCGAGUGCGGUCAGUAUGUCGGGAACGAUGACCUCGCCAAGAGAGUCUUCCUGCAAGUAUUGGAUGCCGUGGAGCACUGCCAUUCCCUCGGAAUCUACCACAGAGACUUGAAGCCGGAGAACAUUCUCGUUUCGGACCAAGGAUCAACAGUCAAGCUUGCCGAUUUUGGCCUCGCAACCUCAUCCGACCGGUCAGAGGACUACGGAUGCGGCUCAACAUUCUACAUGAGUCCAGAAUGCCUGGACCACUCCGCCCGGAGACCUUUCUACUUCUGCGCACCAAAUGAUGUCUGGAGCCUCGGAGUCAUCUUGGUCAACCUGACCUGCGGACGCAACCCAUGGAAGCAAGCAUCCUUUGAGGAUUCUACUUACAGGGCUUACACCCGAUGCCCGGAAACUCUGAAGAGCAUUCUCCCCGUGUCGGAUGAACUGAACGACAUCUUGGGGAGGAUCUUCACCCGUAACCCGGACCAGAGGAUUACUCUUGCCGAGUUGAAGGCAAGAAUCCAGGCUUGCUCCAUGUUUACCAUCCCGGCGACGCCGACAGCUGUGCUUUCGACUACCCAGGUUCCGCAUGAGCAUACUACCGAAUACGUUACUAGCGAGGACACGAUUGUCGACGACUACGAUAAUACCCUCUCGCCUGCUUCCUCAUCCUCGGACGAAGGAUCUACCUGUUCUUCUGACGAGGGCUCGCUCACCUCAAGUGGCUCGACCAUCGAUGACCUUGAUGAGGACUUCCUUCAGGAACAGCAGGAGACUAUGGCAUGCCAUACCCAAACAUACGAACCAGAGGAUACCGGAGCAACAUACUUCUCCACACAGGACUACAUCCCUCAACAUUACACUGGCCCUGUACCAUCCCAGCUUGCUGGACCUGAGUCAUUCCGUGUCCAGAUGCCUGUACCAACAUCGGCUCCUCUUCAGGCUCAACUGCAAGCGCCCAGCUGUCCAACCAAGUCUUUCGUCCAGUUCUGGUGGGGAGAUGUGUUGAAGUAUGCUCAGCAGGCCCCUGCUAUCCAUCCUCACGUCCCCUUCCACCACCAAGUUCCCAUCUUGUCGCACCCUCAAGGCUGCUACUAG